AUUAUUUAUGUUUAUUUCCACUGUGACAUCGAGUGAAUUAGAUACUUAUAUUUAUAUUAUACCACAGUAUAAAUAUCUUUAUACAUAAUGAAGAACAUAGGGAUAUUAGUUUUUUUGGUGGCCAUUACUUUGGCAAGUUCACUUGAUAAAAGGUGCAAAUUACCCCUAGUUUCUGGAAGAUGCUUGGCGUACUUGCCUAGCUACGGAUACAGAGUGGAGACAGGGAAAUGUGAGAGAUUCAUAUACGGAGGUUGCGAAGGGAACAAAAAUCGCUUCGAGACCCGGAAGGAAUGUGAAGCAGUUUGUAAUUAAUUAUAAAUAAAAAUAAACAUACGAGUAAUCUUA